UACGGCUGCCAUGAUGCGCUGGGAAAGCGCCCACCGGUCGCCGGGUGAUGACGUAUAGGCGCCUCAGGCGCCUUUGGUGACGAUGCCGCGGGGGUAAGAUGGCGGCCUUGGGGGAGAGACGGUGAAGGGACGGGCUGGAGUCGGCGCCGCGGGAGGAGCUGCAGGACGGGGUCCGGCCGGGGAGAGGGGGACGGCAGGAGUGGAUUAUUCACCCCCAAGGCAGACUCGCGCUGGCCAUGCCUGACCUGUGAAAACGUGAUUCCCACCCUCAAAGUAAGCGUGCAACAGGGGGACGUGAUUGCUGAGCGCAAUGUCCCUGUUGUUUACUCGUUCCAAGUCAAUUGUUGCAGUGAAGAAGGAUAAAAGACACAUGGCUGAGGUAAAUGCUUCUCCACUUAAACAUUUUGUCACUGCAAAGAAGAAAAUCAAUGGUAUCUUUGAACAGUUGGCUGCAUACAUCAAUGAGAGCUCCUCAUUCCUGGAAGAAACACACAGAAAUGUGGAGCUUGACCCUGUCACCACAGAAGAGCAGGUAUUGGAAGUCAAAGGUUACCUCUCAAAAGUCAGUGGCAUUAGUGAAGUGCUGGCAAGGCGACACAUGAAAGUGGCUUUUUUUGGAAGGACAAGCAAUGGAAAAAGCACUGUGAUAAAUGCCAUGCUAUGGGACAAAGUCCUUCCUUCAGGGAUUGGACACACCACCAAUUGUUUCCUGCGUGUAGAAGGAACAGAUGGGCAUGAAGCUUUCCUACUUACUGAAGGCUCAGAGGAAAAGAAGAGUGUUAAGACCGUAAACCAACUGGCUCACGCCCUUCAUCAAGAUGAACUUCUGGAUGCUGGCAGUUUAGUCAGCGUUAUGUGGCCCAAUUCCAAAUGUCCUCUCUUAAAGGAUGACCUAGUGCUGAUGGACAGCCCUGGCAUUGAUGUAACCACAGAGCUGGACAGUUGGAUUGACAAGUUCUGUCUAGAUGCUGAUGUGUUUGUCCUGGUGGCAAAUUCUGAAUCUACGCUGAUGCAAACGGAGAAACAGUUCUUCCACAAAGUGAAUGAACGUUUGUCUCGACCCAAUAUAUUUAUCUUAAAUAACCGCUGGGAUGCAUCUGCUUCUGAACCAGAAUACAUGGAAGAGGUGCGUCGGCAGCACAUGGAACGGUGUACCAGUUUCCUGGUAGAUGAGCUGGGUGUGGUGGAUCGAGCCCAGGCAGGGGAUCGAAUUUUCUUUGUGUCAGCAAAAGAAGUGCUGAAUGCCAGGAUUCAGAGGGCUCAAGGGAUGCCAGAAGGAGGUGGAGCAUUGGCAGAUGGAUUUCAAGUGAGAAUGUUUGAGUUUCAGAACUUUGAGAGAAGAUUUGAGGAAUGUAUCUCACAGUCUGCAGUAAAAACCAAAUUUGAGCAGCAUACAGUGAGAGCAAAACAGAUUGCUGAAGAUGUUCGUCUUAUCAUGGAUUCUGUGCAUGUUGCCGCCCAGGAACAGCGAGUUUACUGUCUGGAAAUGCGAGAGGAACGACAGGAACGUUUAGGUUUUAUUGACAAACAGCUGGAGCUCCUUACUCAAGACUACAAGCGGAAGAUAAAACAGAUCACAGAAGAAGUGGAGAGACAGGUAUCAAAUGCAAUGGCUGAAGAAAUUAGACGGCUUUCAGUAUUGGUAGAUGAAUACCAAGCAGAUUUCCAUCCAUCUCAAGUAGUUCUUAAAGUAUACAAGAACGAGCUACAUAAACACAUUGAGGAAGGUCUGGGCCGUAACAUGUCAGAGCGUUGCUCCAAUGCUAUCACAGCUUCUCUGCAGACAAUGCAGCAAGAAAUGAUAGAUGGUUUAAAACCCCUUCUCCCAGUCUCUUUGCGGGGCCAGAUAGAUAUGUUAAUUCCCCGACAGUGCUUCACGCUCAGCUAUGAUCUGAACUGCGACAAGCUUUGUGCUGACUUCCAAGAGGACAUAGAAUUCCAUUUCUCUCUUGGAUGGACGAUGCUGGUGAAUAGGUUUUUGGGACCAAAGAAUGGUCGUCGGGCCUUGAUGGGCUAUAAUGACCAGAUUCAACGCCCUUUAACACCAGCAAAUCCCAGUCUGCCUCCUUUGCCUCAGGGUUCUAUGACCCAGGAAGAGCUCAUGGUGUCUAUGGUGACUGGACUGGCCUCAUUAACUUCCCGAACUUCCAUGGGGAUCCUCGUGGUUGGUGGCGUGGUCUGGAAGGCUGUGGGUUGGAGACUGAUUGCUCUUUCUUUGGGCCUUUAUGGGCUCCUUUAUGUAUAUGAACGUCUUACUUGGACCACAAAAGCAAAGGAGAGAGCUUUCAAACGCCAGUUUGUAGAGUAUGCUGGUGAGAAACUGCAGCUCAUCGUCAGUUAUACAGGUUCCAAUUGCAGCCACCAAGUCCAACAAGAGCUCGCUGGAACAUUUGCUCAUUUGUGUCAGCAAGUGGAUAUCACACGGGAGAAUCUUGAGCAGGAAAUUUCUGCCAUGAAUAAAAAAAUUGAAGUUUUGGAUUCACUGCAGAGCAAAGCAAAAUUGCUCAGGAAUAAGGCAGGUUGGCUGGACAGUGAACUCAACAUGUUCACACAUCAGUACCUGCAGCAAAGCAGAUAGUGUGGAAAGAAAAAAUCAACACUGUUUCCCUUCAGUGCUCUCUUAAUUAUUGCAGAGAACAUGGUGGGUGAUGGAAUCCCUAAAGGGACGAGCAAAAGCCAAUUGCUACGUUUCCAGUCACGGUGUGAACAAUAGGAUUCUGCUUCCCCGUUUCAUGUCCCACCUCUAAACACUAGCUGUUUGUAACUUAUUUUUCCUGCUUGGGAGGCUGGGCUACUUCAGAAGGAAUGUCUGCCUCGUACGUUAACAGCGGGCUUUUUAAGGCAAAAUGAAAUUCAGUAACGGUCAAUUUAAAAAAGCAAACAAAUGCGUAUCAGGUUAAGUCGUUCUAAAGCAUCUUUCAUUAUGGAUUCAGUCAUUUUAGUACAUGCAGAUAGAACUCUUGUGUUCAAAAUUCAUUGUAUGUGUGAUAAGCAGCUAUUUGUCUAAACACGGAUUUCUCAUGGCACGCAGGCGUGAAGAUGGUUUCACAAUACUUUUACAAUCCAUGACAGUGUAUCUCCUAGGUUAACCUUCAGUUACUACAAAAUGUGACAAAGAACAACUGCACCUUAUCUCUUCAUAGAAAAGUUUAUUGCUGUCAGUAUGUUCAAACCUAUGAACAAAACCAGUUAUCUCCCAGAGUGAGAGGGAUUAAGAUUUUGCUUUAGUAAACUUAUAGUCUUUGGGGUUGGUUUCUUCCUCUUCAGAGCUCUUCAGUUCAACAAAGCAGCCUGGCCCAUUUCGCAUCAUAGACAAAUAGUCUGCAAAGACAAAACUAGCUCCUGCAAAGGAGCUAGUAUUGAUUUUGAUGUCUUGAUAAUUUGGCAGCUUGUUGAGGAAGAAAAACAGGACUGAAAAGGAAAGGCAGUUGACAGAAUGUAAAUAACUGCAUUAUGGGAUAAGUUGAUGAAUGCGUUUUUUGGAAAUGCACAGCUGUGUUUCUGGAAGCAGGACUUCGGAAUUCCAUUACCACUACCUGGCCACAAGGGCAGCAUGUGGAUUACACACUGUAAGAGAUUUUGCUUUGUGUAGAGUUUCCAUGGGACAGUACAGUCCAUGCAGUAAUAUGAUUCUGUUUGUUAAGAGUACAAGAAUGAGCUGACAAGUGCAGCUCUUCUAGUGUUGGAGAGACCUGUCCUUGCUAUUUCAUGCCUGGACGAGACUGGAUUAAGGCAACUUUUUUUUUUUUUUAAAUGUUCUCUAUUGGCAAACAGAUCAAAUUGAUCUUUGAGUUUUUCCAGGUGCAAUUUUUAAUUUUGAGUCUAAGAUUUAGGAAUUGUAAGGACUUGAGUCUCUUUGUAUUGUAAUUAACGGAGAAGAAAUUCCCGCUGAUUUCAGUAGCACUAGGAUCAGGUUCCUUUGUUGCAAAAUUUAUUUUCCACUUGGUAGAUCAGUAUUAUACCACAUAUGUUAAGCAUGACCUUUCCGUCCCCUGUUUCCCCUCCCCCCCAACGUCUCUAAGGAAUCCAGAAUCGGGCCCUACAGUUCUGGGAUUAAUGCCAACCUAAAUCUGUCCAGCAUCAAACAUAUUAGAACGUAUGGGUUGUCUGUGAGCAGGUCCCAGCUGUGAGUUCAGAACUACAGAAAGGUGUGUGUGUGUGUGUUUGUUUGUUUGUUUUUGUCCUAUUGACAGUGAGACUUUUUACUUCAGAAUGGUAUCAACUGGCCUGAGGAUUUCUCAUUCAUGCUCAGAUGCAAAUAAAUGCACCUGUGACAAAUCCAAUGCUUCAUAUGAAAUUCCUGGAAGAAGCAGGUACCUGACACAUGAGGGAUGAAAAAAUAGUGAAGUGUCAGUAAAUACUUGAAGCUAUUUUAACCUUUGCAGUAAGAUUUGAAGUAUCUUGGGUCAAUUAGGAGCUGGUAGGUUGAGACUCUAUGUCCGUGGAAUAUAGGAAGCAAACAAUGGAGUACUGGAGUAGAGAGGAGUGGAUUCCAGAGAGAUUAAGUGCUUCAUAAAUUGGUGGUAGAGGAAAAAAUCUUUCACUUCCAGUGGACAGCUUUGAAUCCAACCCAAAUUAAAUAGCCAUUUUUACCCGAGCGCUCUUCAUUGGCUGUGGUCAGUCUCCUCAGGCAGUCACUGAUUCCAGGUAGAGGGAGGUAAUGAUGAGUACAUCAGCUCUAGACUACCUGAAGUGCUGAGCAGACUUCCGAAGAUGUGUGCUGCUAGCAUCUUUUAACAAACCUUAGGGGGAAAUCUGAUAAGUGAUGUGAUCUUCAAAGCUGGUGUUUGGUUCUGUAAAGGGAAAGAUUGGCGGAUUCUUAGAAUCUUGUGAGUUGCUAUUGUAUGUGUUUCUCAUACUGUUCAGAUUUUGGUGAGGUAGGCUUUCUUGCUGUAGCAUUGAAACAUAACCUAUAGAUUGGGGGAAAGAACCACUUGAAUUUUUUAAGAAACAAAAGCGCUAGCAGGGGCGGGGAUGUACUUUUUUUUUUCUUUUAUUAUGUAUGUGUGUAACCCUUGUCAUUAGAACCAAGUGAUUGAGAAUCAGAGUUUAACAGAAUUGACUAUGAGUUGGAUUCCUCUUAAAGAAAAUAAUGACUGUACUUCUUUAAUUUAGAUUGGUGGAGGAAUGAAUGCUAUCAGCAAGGAGGUUAUCUUCUGCUUUCCAUAAGGAAUGAUAAAUAAUUCUUAGAACAGGUAAUUCCAAGAGCAAGCUCCCCCAAACUCUUAUUAAAGAAGGCCAGCUAAAUGCACUUUAUCUUAUUGCUGCUACUUAUUUUUCUUGUCGUUAUGUUGAUGGAGCUCUUCAAAAUACUCUUACCAGUGAGUUUUCUCUCUGCUGUAUUUAAGGUGAUAAAUUUGCAUGAAUUAUUCCUGUAUCAAUGCUGUAAACAUUGGAAACCAAAAUAAAAAUGAAUUGGGAAAAUUA